UUGUUGUCCUUGUCCUUUGUUUUUUUUUCAUUAUUUUUCAAUCGUCUAAAUAUUUUGAGAUUUUCUGAGAUUUUAGCAAUACAGGUCAAAUGGAAUGAAUGGAUGGAUCUGCAACAACUGGUCAAUGGAUGACAACCAACAAAAGAGAAAAUGGACGAGCAAGGAUGAGCAACAGCAACAAUAACCAUAAUUUACUGUCUGUCUAUUUACUACAAUGUCAAUUGCACCAACAUACCAUAUUCAUAAGCCAAAUGUUCCCAUACUUAUGGAGGAUAUAUUUGGAUGGGUACGAGAAGGAAAUGCAUUUCAAGUGAGAGUAUGGUUGGAUGACACAGAGCAUGAUCUAAAUGUUGGGGAUGAUCAUGCAUUUUCUCUAUUGCAUUGGGCUGCCAAGGAAGGUCAUCUUUCAAUUGUAGAAAUGCUCCUAAAUAGAGGGACCUUAAUAAAUGCUACAAAUAUGGGGGAUGAUACGGCAUUGCAUUUAGCAGCUGCUCAUGGUCAUAGACAAGUUGUUGUGAAACUUUUGUCGAAGAAAGCAGAAGUAAACACACCUUUACAUUAUGCAUGCUUCUGGGGAUACGAACAGAUUUGUGAAGAUUUGAUUCGUGCUGGCGCACUUGCAAUGAUUUGUAAUAAAAGGGGAUUAACCCCUUUAGAUGUCUGUCAACCUCAAGUCAGACAAUCUAUCUACGAAAUUGCUUUGAGCAGUGGACAAAAUCCACAGCAAAAGAUACAAUACAAUGGUGAUAGCUGGCGUAAUACAAAAACGAAGAGAUCUCGUGAGGCAACUUGGUCUAGAUUUACUGGUGUUGAUUUGCAAUCUCUUGCCUUAACUAAACAAAUUGCUCAAUCUCAUUCUGGCACUCUUUACCGAGGAAAAUGGCAAGGAAAUGAGAUCAUCGCGCGCGUUCUUAAUAUCCCAGAAGUUACACAGCGAAUUUCGCGCGAUUUUGCCAAUGAAUUCCCGUUGUUAAGGAUAUUUGCAAGUGCACAUAUAAACCCAGUUUUGGCUGCGGUGAAUCAACCACCAAAAUUGAUUCUAAUAAGUCAAUUUAUGCAUUUUGGCUCUCUUUACAAUGUGUUGCACGGCGAAUCAUCUGUUGUUAUUGAUCAUACGCAGGCGACUCGUUUCGCAUUAGACAUCGCCAAAGGGAUGGCAUUUCUACAUUCAUUAGAUCAGCCAAUACUUCGUUUCUAUCUUAACUCCAAGCAUGUUGUCGUCGAUGAAGACCUAAACGCCAAAAUUUCUCUUUCAGAUACUAAGUUUUCAUUUCAGGAGAUUGGAAGACUUUAUUCAACAGCGUGGAUGGCACCUGAAUCACUGCAACGAGCACCCUCAGAUCUGAACACUCGAUCUGCCGAUAUGUGGAGUUUUGGAAUUCUUCUUUGGGAAUUAAGCACUCGCGAGGUACCCUUUUCUGAACUUUCUCCAAUGGAAGCUGGAAUGAAAAUAGCUUUGGAAGGGUUGAGAGUUACAAUACCCGCGGGAAUAUCAAGAAACAUGUUCCGGCUGAUCAAUAUUUGUCUAAACGAAGAUCCAGGAAGACGACCAAAUUUUGAUCAAGUUAUCCCAGUACUUGAAAAAAUGGGAGAAUAA